CAUCCUUCCUCCACCGAAACCGGGUACAGUCUAGUCAUGGAGACUUGUGAACCCCGCCUAAGGUCCAUCAUCGGAAUCAUCGUCUAUUUACCUUGGUGUUUCUCCCUCAUCACCCUUGGAGGCUUUGGUUAUCUGCUGAGGGACUGGCGGUGGCUUAUGUUCACCGUGUCUAUGCCGGGGCUUCUGUAUUUGCCCGUGCUAUGGCUAAUGGACGAAUCACCGAGAUGGCUUAUUGUGCGAGGCCGCCACGCCGACGCCCUUCGUGUCCUCCGCAAAGCCCUCACGCUGGAAUAA